AUGUCUCUCUUCACUUUCACCUCCACUCUGCUGACGGCCGCCGUGGCCAUCACCUCUGUCCAAGCAUCGCCAUUCUCCGGGCUCGACACUCGCUCCUUAAGUGGCCUACUAGCCCGUGAUCUAUCCGGCAAACUAUGUAAACCUUUUGUUUACGGAGCCAAGCGCGAUCCAGUGGGUGACGUCUGCGUAUCAUUUUCCGGCGACUCCCUAACCGUUACCUACCCUGACCUUUCCUCGGUCGGGGGAAGCUAUGGAGAUCUCCACGUCAUCGUUCAGCCAACCAAGCCCUCAGUCACAGCCCCCGGUCAGUGGCCAUACAAGCUCGACAAUGGCUACUGCACAAAAUCUGGCACCUGCACCAUCCCCAUCCUUGACACUUGGCGGGCGUGUGGCUUGGACCUGUACAUCGGUAUCCAUGCCGCCUUCAUUCCCAAGACAGGAUCAGCCAGCGAGACUGGCUACGCAGACGGAGACUGCAUCGAUCCUAAGAACUCCGGAAACUGCGCAAAGUACUUCGUCUUCAAGACCGAGUGCCAGUGUGUGCAGGUUACGAAGUACGAGGAAGUCAAGACUUCGGCACGUAUCUUCUCUCGCAAGCAAGGUGCUACAUGCUAA